UGCGGGGCAGUCCUUCCGCCUAUUGGUUCUGCUGCCUUUCCGCCUAUUGGUUCUGUGUCCCGGCCUGUGUUUGGUACAGGGAGAGAGGGAACUAUUUCUUAGACAGCAGAAGCCGAUGGCAGAAAGCGCAGCAGUGCAAGUGCAGGCCUACGCACACCAUGAGCAGCGAAAGAUAUGCGCCUCACGGGCCAAGUACCGCGAAGGACGGAGGCCCAGAGCAGUCAAAGUGUACACUAUAAAUCUGGAGUCACGGUACCUCUUGGUGCAAGGGGUUCCAGCAAUCGGUGUAAUGAAGGAGCUUAUUGAGCAAUUUGCCCUUUAUGGAACCAUAGAAGAGUAUAAUGCGCUGGAUGAAUACCCUGCUGAAGAAUUCACUGAGGUGUACCUCAUUAAAUUUCAGAGGAUACAGAGUGCAAGAGUCGCAAAACGGAAGUUAGAUGAACGCAGCUUCUUUGGCAGCAUGCUUCAUGUCUGCUACGCUCCAGAAUUUGAGACUGUCCAAGAGACUCGAGAGAAACUGCAAGAAAGAAGAAAGUUUGUAGCAAGGGCCACAUCCAGCAAAGACUGGAAUGCAGCAGACAAGAAACAAGAAAUCGCUACGAUCUGCACUCAGGAUGUAUUAGGACUUCACAAAUCUAUUGCAGAUUCUUCUCAUAUUUCCUGCAGAGAUCCUCUACAUGACAGGGGUGAUGAGAAAUUUUGCUAUACUGCACCUCCUCUUUCACAUGAACAUGUUUACAGGCCAGUAUCAUCAUAUGAGGUCACUAGCAGCAAUACGGUACAAGGAACCGUUCAGCAGACAAUAGCAUCCAACAGCUACACGUGGCACAGUACUAGGCCAAAUGUGCCCGGCAUUAGUACUGCAAGAUUUAUGCCCAGAACUACUCAGCUGCAGGAGAGACAAAAGAAGAGACAGCAAAGCAAUGCCCUUGCUCUGUGUGGCUUAGCUCCAGGUGGUCAGGAAGUUGUAAUUGGACCAAAGCUGCCAGAAGUGUCACAACUAGACAUGGAUAAUGAUUCACUGAAUAUCACAGCCAAUACCAUCAGGGAAAAACUAAAAGAGGUGUCUUGUACAGCCAUGGCAGCAGCCCCUGGUAGAACUUCAGAUGAUGCAGCAGACAGACCUCCAGUAAAGCAAAGAAGAAGAAUUUAGUGUGUGUUUACCUGUAUGUUAUGUGCAUUCCACCCUUUCCUUUAAUCACUUUAAUAAAUUAUCCAUAUAUUUAAA